AGGCCUGUUAGGCUCGAGUGUUGCUGUGGUUCCCGCCGGCGAUGAUGUUGCGAGGCGCGGCGAUCGGGCGGCGCUGCCGGCCCUCCGCGCCCCGCCUAGGCGGCGCCGCGGCGGAGCUGCUGCGCGCACCGCCACCGGCGGGGGCUGCGGGCGCCGCCCUGGGCAGCCGCGCGCCGUGCCUGCGCGGCUGCGCGACUGCCUCUGCCGCCAGCAGGGAGCGGCUCGUGGUGCUGGGGACAGGUUGGGCUGGCUUCCGCGUCCUCAACGACAUCGACGACAAAAAGUUUGAGGUCAGCGUGAUCUCCCCCAGGAACCACCUGCUGUUCACGCCGAUGCUCGCAUCGUCGGCCCUGGGCACGGUCAACCAGCGCUCCAUCUGCCAGCCGGUUCGCCCAAUCGUGGCCAAGAAGAAGGCGAACUUCUACGAGAGCAGGGUACAGAGCAUCAACAGAGAGGAAAAGCUCGUGGUUGCGCGGCACGGCUACUGCCACCUGCCGAACUUCCUGCGCCCAGAGGCCGUGGUGGGGCUCGUGGGCGAGUGCCGGCGGCUGGAGGCGGACGGGCGCGGCUUCCGCUCCCACGAGGCACACAACGUCUUUCUCGAGGAUGCCGGCGCCGACGGCGUGGGGCUCCGCUCGAAGGAGUUCGCGUCCUCGAAGGUGUUGAUGGCGAUGGACGACAUGGAGCCGCGCUCGGCGCUGCUGGCUAUCUACCGCUGGCCGGCGCUGCGGCGUUUCCUGCAGGAUGCGUUUGGGCUCCCGCGGCUCUUCCGCUCCGCAGACCCCCUCGGCGGCGCGUACUACAACAUCUUUGACGGCGCGUUCGGCGACACGCUUGGGUGGCACUUCGACCGCUCCAGCUUCUCCACGAGCCUCAUUCUGCAGACGACGCCUGGGGCCGGUGGCGACUUCCAGUACGCCCCCGACAGCAGGCAAGCGAUCUGCGAGAUGGGCAGCUGGGAGGAGGUGGAGCAGCACCUCGACGGCAGGGUGCUGACGCCGCCGCUGCACCCAGGGUCGCUGUACCUCUUCGCGGGCAACAGGAGCCUCCACCGCGUGUCGCCCGUUGCCCACGGCAAGCGCAUCAACGCCAUCUUCACCUUCGUGGAGGAGGAGGGCGCCACGCUGAACGAGUACACCCUCCGCAAGUUCUUCGGCCGCACCGGACAGUCGAAGACCAAGAUUCGGCACACACCUGAUUUCUCGGAGGCCCGCGCGGACCAGGUACCUCUAGCCUGGGGCAGUGCACUCCGCACCCAUAUCGCGGCGAACGUGGGCAACCUCGCCUCAGGGCUGCGCGUCUGGAAGCGACGGAUCCUGCAGUCCACCGUGCGUGCAGUGUGCACCGCCUUCGAGGCGUUGGAGGGUGGAUCUAGAGGCCCCGAGGACUUCGAAGGUGCGCUGAGGAUCGCCGUCGCGCUCAUUCGCGGCCUGGCCCAGGUCCCCGCGGGGCGCGCGCGCGCCCGGGAGUGCGCCGCCCGGCGCGCCGACGUCCGCAAGGGCCUCGCACAGGUGCGCGCCGCCCUGGGCCGCCUCGAGGCCGAGCUCGGCGCGCCGCGCGGCCCGGAGCCGCAGCGGCACGCCGGCUGCCUCGCGUGGGCCGCGCAGAUGCUCACGGGCCUGCACACCGCCGCCAGGGCCCUGAGGACGCUCGAGGGCCCCGGCGCCCCAGAGCAGGAGUACGAGGGCCUCCUGCGGGCCGUCGGGGAGCUCCGGGCGCGCCUCCGCCGCGCGGCGGCCGCCGCGGCCGCGGAGGGGCCCCCGCCGGCCGCCCCCGACGACGGCGCCCGCGGCCCGGCGGAGGAGCGGCGCCGCCCGGGAGCUCCGCGCGACGCCGCGGGCGUGCGGCAGGCCGCCGCGCCCGCGCCGGGCGGGCGGAGCGUGUCGGGGGGCGCCCUCGCGCAGCUGAAGGACUACCUGGCCUGCGCCCUGCUGUGGGAGGGCCGCCAGGGGAAGGCCGCGGGCGAGCUCCCGGCCGCCCUGGAGGUCGGCGCCCUUCCCAAGGAGGCCAGCGCUGGCUCGUCGUCCACCGCCUGCAGCGCGGGCCGGGACGGCGGCGCCGCCGGCUGGGCCGACAGCGGGGACGACGAGGCCGGCUCCGAGGGCAGCGGCAGCCUGAGCCUCUAGGGGGCUCGGGCGCGCGGGCCGCCCCGGGGGGCGCGCGGCGCCGCGGCGCAGCUCGAGGCGGCCCGAUUUCUCUUUUCUCCGAUGGUAGUGGCGCAGUGG